GAAACUCUUUUUUUUGCUGCAAACUAGAGAGAGAAACUUGUGACGUCGUUUUGAAAACCCCUCCGCCUCUCAUUUCUCUCUUUUGUCUCGGUUCUAGAGCUCUAUAUCUUCCCUCCCCAACUGAAAUCCCGCCUUCGACCCUUGAAAUUCCUUCUCUUCCUCUCUUUUCACUCUCCGUGUUCUCUGCCAUUUCUAGUGGUUCUUCACUUCUUCGGUUCUUCCCACUCCACUUGUCUCUCUCUCUCUCUCUCUCUCUCUCUCUCUAUUUUUUCUUUUUGGUCUAAGACUCUGCUUUAGUCAUGGCGGACUAUACUCCAAACUUGGAUGAUGGGGAACUUUGGCUUCCUUCCGACAUCUUCCCCGACGAAGUUUCCGCCAAGUUUAGCCCUGAAUUUCCAUGUGAGCUAACGUACAUGGAAGACCUUGCUCGACAGCUCGCCGCUUACGCUUUGCUUGAACGGAACCAAAACGCUGUAAAGCCUCCGCCAAAUUUACCUCCAAACUUAGAGUUUAGGCGGCCGAGGCAGCAUAGUUCUGUUGCUCCUCCGAGAACCGGGUUUGGUCUUGGGUUUGGUGGAAACCCUACUUUUGGCGUUGGUGGUCGCCAUCUUUAUGCAUCUGGAAAUUACUGUUUCUCUCCCGGUUCGUUACCGGUUUACCAGGUUCGUCCGAUGAAACCGGUUCAACCUCAGGUCGAGGGCUGUGUUCAGCAGCCGAGAGCUAGGGUUUUGCAGAGCCAGCGGCAAAACCAGGUUCAAAACAGUUUUUUUCCCUUUCAGGUUAACGGGUCGGUAACGGGUGGUUUUGUGAGAGAAUACGGAGGGACUGGUGUGUUUCUCCCUCGCAUUGCAACUUCUGCUGAUGUUAAGAAGAAACAGAGUAAGUGGGAAGCAGACACCGAGAUAUUUCUUCCCUGUUUUAGGGUUGUACUACUGAUGUGAAAAAUGGUGAAGAGUAUCAACAGCGACCCUCCAUCAGAAAGGUUGGUCUAGGGAAGCAGGAGGGGUUUAAGCCUCCAUCUGAAAUGGGUUUGCCUCAGGAUUGGACAUACUGAACUAUGCAUUUCUCUGAUGUAAAGAGAGGCACUUGCCUUACAAAAAAUAAUAUAACCUGGUUGAAGAAGGGAAGAAAGUUAAUAAUCAUUUAGAUUUUACUGCAGUAAAAUGAUUAAAAGGUAAAGUGAAGAAUAGUAUAGGUGAGUGUAAGUGUGUUUUUUCUUUCUCCUUUUGUUUUUUGUAAGCCCUGUAUAAAUAUAAUAAUGAAGAAAUGAUGUUUUUUGUGUGAAA